AUGGGUUACAUUGGCCACCACGGCGUCGCCACGCUGCGGCGCUACAAGUACAGCGGCGUCGACCACUCGCUCGUCGCCAAGUACAUCCUCCAGCCCUUCUGGUCACGAUUCGUCAACAUCUUCCCGCUAUGGUUCCCACCAAACAUGAUUACACUGACAGGUUUCAUGUUUCUACUGACAUCGGCAUUCCUUGGCUUUUUAUAUUCACCACAUCUAGAUACAGCACCCCCCAGAUGGGUUCACCUUGCUCAUGGACUGCUUCUCUUCCUUUAUCAGACUUUUGAUGCUGUGGAUGGAAAACAAGCAAGGCGUACCAACUCAUCAAGUCCUCUAGGCGAGCUUUUUGACCACGGAUGUGAUGCGCUUGCCUGUGCUUUUGAGUCCUUGGCUUUUGGAAGCACGGCAAUGUGUGGAAAGGCUACCUUCUGGUUUUGGUUCAUUUCAGCUGUCCCAUUUUACUUCGCAACCUGGGAACACUUUUUUACAAAUACACUUAUUCUUCCUAUAGUCAACGGACCAACUGAGGGCCUUAUGCUGAUCUACUUGUGCCAUUUUUUCACCUUUUUCACAGGAGCCGAGUGGUGGGCACAGGAUUUUCAGAAGUCAAUGCCCCUGCUGGGUUGGGUUCCUUUUAUUUCUGAAAUCCCGGUGUAUGACAUUGUGCUAUGUCUUAUGAUUGCUUUUGCUGUAAUCCCAACAAUUGGAUCUAACAUUCACAAUGUAUAUAAAGUCGUUGAAGCAAGAAAAGGAAGCAUGGUGCUGGCACUAGCCAUGCUCUUUCCUUUUGGUUUGCUCUUGGCUGGAGUUCUUGCCUGGUCCUACCUUUCUCCUUCAGAUAUAAUGAGAAAUCAACCACAUUUGCUAAUUAUUGGAACUGGUUUUGCAUUUGGAUUUCUUGUGGGAAGAAUGAUUCUGGCUCAUUUAUGUGAUGAACCCAAAGGUCUGAAAACAGGGAUGUGCAUGUCCCUUGCGUAUUUUCCAUUUGCAAUUGCAAAUGCGCUGACUGCCCGGCUUGAUGAUGGAAAUCCCCUCGUUGAUGAGCAGCUAGUUCUCCUGAUGUACUGCUUAUUUACAGUGGCUUUGUACAUGCAUUUUGCUACGUCUGUUAUUCAUGAGAUCACCAAUGCACUUGGGAUUCACUGCUUCAGGAUCACUAGGAAAAAGGCAUAG